AUGGCUGGAAGGGGAAAGUCUUUGGGUUCAGGCGCCGCCAAGAAGUCCACCACUCGGAGCAGCAAGGCUGGUCUGCAAUUCCCGGUCGGCCGUAUCGCCCGGUUCCUCAAAGCCGGCAAGUACGCGGAGCGCGUCGGCGCCGGCGCACCCGUCUACCUCGCCGCUGUCCUUGAAUAUCUAGCUGCCGAGGUGUUGGAAUUGGCCGGGAACGCAGCUCGGGACAACAAGAAGACUCGGAUAGUGCCUCGCCACAUCCAACUGGCCGUUAGAAACGACGAGGAGCUCAGCAGGCUGCUCGGUUCCGUCACCAUCGCCAACGGUGGCGUUUUGCCCAACAUUAACAACCUCCUUUUGCCCAAGAAAACCGGCCAUAGCUCAAAGUCCGCUCCGGCCGAUGACGAGAGCUAA